GACCGUCCCCGCGUCGGCGCGUCCCGCACACCGCGCUCCCGCUCGGCCGCUCCUGCCUGCGCGCUGCAGCAGCUCGGCUGCUCGCGGUCGCUUGUCCCGUGCGCCCGGCGGCCGGCUGCUUGCCCCGCCGACCUAUUCGGCUGCUUCCUGCUUGAGUGCUUGUCCCAUCCGGCGGCCCGGCUGCUUCUGCUUGUUCGCUUAGUAUCAAUCCAGGCUCUGAUUUGGUGGCUGAAGCUCUGUUUCUCCAUGGCGCUUCGUUUCGAGAUAUUAGGAAGAUUCAAUCGCGCCCGCGCAGCUCGCUUAACUCUUCCCCACUUUACUUGUCAAACACCACUUUUUAUGCCUGUUGGAACUCAAGGUACAAUAAAAGGGUUAACCACUGACCAGUUAGAGGAGAUAGGUUGCCAGAUUAUACUUGGAAACACCUACCAUCUUGAAUUACGUCCAGGGUCUCAACUUAUUGAUGAUUUGGGUGGCCUGCACAAAUUUAUGAAUUGGAAAAGGGCAUUGCUGACUGACUCUGGUGGUUUCCAAAUGGUUUCGUUGCUGCAUUUGGCUGAUAUUACUGAGGAAGGAGUUACGUUUCAGUCACCUGUUGAUGGGAAGCCCAUGCUCUUGACACCUGAGGAAUCUAUUCAUAUUCAGAACAAUAUUGGAGCUGAUAUCAUCAUGGCACUUGAUGAUGUUGUAAAGACCACAAUUACUGGCCCGAGGAUAAAAGAAGCUAUGUAUCGCACCAUUCGUUGGAUUGACAGGUGCAUAGCUGCUCACAAGAAACCUGAUGUCCAGAAUUUAUUUGGGAUUGUGCAAGGAGGAUUGGAUCCUGUUCUUAGAGAUAUCUGUGUUAGGAGCUUGGUUGAGCGGAAUCUUCCUGGAUAUGCAAUUGGUGGUCUUGCUGGUGGCGAAGACAAGGAUUCAUUUUGGCGUGUUGUUGCCCAAUGCACUGCUGGAUUGCCUGAAAAUAAACCACGAUAUGUCAUGGGUGUUGGCUAUCCACUUGAUAUUGUAGUAUGCAGUGCUUUAGGUGCAGAUAUGUAUGACUGUGUUUAUCCAACACGGACUGCUCGUUUUGGGACUGCACUUGUGCCUGAGGGUGUCCUAAAGUUGAAACAUAAUUCAAUGGCGACUGAUGAACGGCCAAUUGAUCAUACGUGUUCAUGCAUGGUCUGCAAAAAAUAUACGCGCGCCUACUUACAUUGCCUGGUCACAAAAGAUGCUAUGGGUUCUCAGCUGCUGUCAUAUCAUAACUUAUCAUUUAUGAUGCGGUUAAGUAGAGACCUCCACAUGUCUAUUCUUGAAGGACGAUUUCCAGAAUUCGUGCGAGGAUUCUUGAGGGUGCAGUUUCCAACGGGAGACGUUCCGCAGUGGGUUCGCAACGCGAUGGAGGUCGCUGGCAUUGACAUAUCCGAGUGCUGUGCUUCCACCAAUGUCUGACACCAAGCGUAUAGGGGCCACCUUUAACUGUACCGGUUGACUGCAAAUGGAGUUGUGCCGAGUUAAGACUCUUCGGCAAGCAAAAGACGACGACAGGCUUUCACAAAGAAGUUUUUUUCCGUCAUACAUGUAGGGUCUCACACGGAUUCAGCAUAGGAUUUUCCAAUAGUAUGCUGAAGCUUGGCGACAGGUUUUGUUAGUGUUUUGUGUUGUGUUUGGAAACCGCAGAGGUAUGCUAUGCUAUUCUUCUGGGGUCUAGGUUAUGCUUCGUCUUAAUCACUGGAUGUGAUUUUUAGUGGUACGGUCAGAUCAAAGGAAGGUGUACCCAACUCUGACGAAUAUUUUUUGUUAUAACGAAAAGAAUGUUAUAGUCCUUGCAA